UCUCACUUGAAGCGAGAAGCAAAGAGCGAAAGAAAAGCAUUCCAGUUGGGCUGGUCCAGUCUUGUAACCACUAUUUGCGAACGACCGCCUCUCUUCCCUGCGUACUCGAGCCAAAUGGCCAAAACCGUGCUUGUCACCGGAGCCAGCGGUCUCCUGGGACGUCAAGUAAGGAAGACCUUCGACAUCGAUAGUUGGAAAGCUGUUGGAACUGGUCUCAGUCGCAUCAAUCCACCUGAAGUCAUCAAACUCGACAUCCUUGACGCAAAGGAGAUCGAACGUGUUCUAGAUGAAGUAAAACCAGACGCUGUGGUGCACUGCGCAGCAAACCGCUUUCUAGAGUCUUGUUCCGCCAACCCAGAAGCCGCCAAAGCACUCAAUGUGGAUUCAAGUCGAGCUUUAGCCGAAGCAACAACGGCCCGCGGCAUAUUUCUUAUCUAUAUUUCGACUGACUACGUUUUCCCCGGGCGCAAAGGAGAAGCACCGUACAAGACGACGUCAACGCCUGAUCCACCUAAUGUCUAUGGCGAAACUAAAUGGGACGGCGAGAAGGCCGUCCUAGAAGUAGCUAGCAGAAGUGGAGCAAAAAACAAGGUGGUCGUGCUCCGCGUACCGGUCUUGUACGGAUCUUGCGAUGAACCGAAAGAGAGCGCAGUUAAUGUCCUCAUGUCACAGCUUUGGGAUGCACAAAAGGUGCAGAAUGGUGAAGCUAAGAUUAAGGUAGAUGAUCACGCUCUCCGCUUCCCGACCAACACCGCGGAUGUUGCUCGUGUCUGCCGGGAUGUCACGAAAAUGUAUCUGGACCCAGCGAAUGCAAACCGCGAUCUACCAGGCAUCUUGCAAUUCAGCUCAGAAGAUCAGAUGACGAAAUGGGAGAUCUGCAAGGUGUUCGCUGAAAUCAUGGGACUACCGCUGGAUGGUAUGGAGCCCCACAAACAGGACGACGAUCCAAAAGUCAAGCGGCCGUAUGAUUGCCACCUUGAUACGAGUGUCCUGCAGCAACUUGACAUCGAUGUCGGUACUGUUGACUUCCGAACGUGGUGGAGAAGGGAAGUUGGAGCUUUCCGUCAUUAAUGAGCCGGAAAGGCCAGUAUUCAUCGCGUACUUUCGUUAUUCGAUCGAUAAUCUACGUAUAAGAGCUGGCCGAUGGAUAUAACAUGCCGCUCUUUAGCUAACCAACGUCGUCCUUGCUGGCGUGAGGCUUGUCCGGAGCUCAGGAUCUGCUGACUUCUCCCGGCAAACAAGGGUGCGUACCUCGAAUGCCAGAUACAUGGUAUGAUGGGUCCCUCGCGGAGCGUUCAUUCUGUUUCCCAUUCCUUAUGUAGAAUUUGCGCGAACGACAGUUCAGAGGGACGAUCCCCCCCCACAACCUUAAAAUGGCCACCUAAUCGUACAUACAGAGCCCAUCAUUGGCGGCCAAGACAAUUCUCCAUCUCUAAAUGUUCCGAAUUAAUGAUACAUGUCCGCUUCUAGAUCUACCGCUAAGCGUUUGGACAAGAUUCGUCGUUGAGACACAGUUCGGCGGCUAUCUGAGAUUGUGGGGGCGGCUAAGCCUGCUGCGCCGC